AAGAUAAUUGUUUUUUGUUGGACAAAAGUAAAAAUCCUUUUACCGGAUGGUCUAAGCUCGUAGCCCCGUCAAGGGAAAACCUGAACCAAAAAGAAAAAAGCAGCGGAGGUGACACCUCAAAAAGCGACUCAACGGACGCUUCCGGACGAAGGGAUAAUGUCAAAUCAAGCACAGAUCGACUACGACAAGCAGUUCCAGGAUGACCUGGCCAAGGCGACCGCCCUGAGUCUGGAGCAGCAUGCCCUCGAUGACUACAGGCGAAACAAGAAGUACGGCUCUGGGUAUCAGCAAAGCUCCUCUCUUGCUAGCCGAGAUUACCAGGCGGCGCAUCGUAGUCAGAGCGUGAAUCAACCACGACGCCACUCGGAGGUUCAUCCGGUGGUCAUCAGUCCGGGAAAUGCGGAACGAUCUCGCACUCCGCCGGCCCAGGGGACGGAUAACGAUCUGAUCUGCUUCGCAAGUCCUACCAGCAAGCAGCCCGAGAGUAGCAGCCCCUUUGGCAAACUUAUCGAGGAUCUGCAGCGGAUGCAGCCGAUCAAUCCGCAGUCAGCUCUGGUGCCUAUGGGUCCAGCUGCGUCGGCUUCGAUUCCCCCUCAAUACGGUUAUCCACCUCACCAGCAACGUCCAACUGCUGUUCAACCGCCACCGUAUGGCAUGGUGGCAGGAGGAGUUGUGGGCGGACCUGCUUACGGUGACCUGCAGUUGGUGCCCUACCAACCAGCUGUCCAGCAACAGAGGCCACUGAACAGCGAGGAGCUCCAGCGGCUGUACAGCAUGCCCGCUCAAAUGGCCGUGGCCCCUGUGCCGCAACAAAACGCCUAUUUGUACUAUCCCGGAGCUGUGGUUACACCAUACACGGCUCCCAUAGUCCCCGGAUCGGCUGCAUUUAUGCCGCCGCAGUAUCCCGCACAGGGAUAUGGUUUUGGAGGUGCUUAUACGCACAUGGAUUUGCGGCGACCCCAAUCGCAACCAGCUCCAGCUCCUGCAGCACCGACAACAAGUCAUCACAGCCAACCGUCCAACCAUUCCACUUCCUCCGCUGUGGAGUCCAACGGAGUAGCCUUCCAGGCGCGUCGCCAAGUGCCCUCGUCCGGUAGUGUGAGCUCCAUUAGCCACACCGGAAACAAUGGUCAUUCCUCCGGCCCACGCAGGGGUAACGAUUUGAUAGACCUCAACCACGAGGACUACUCCCGUGUGAGUGUGCUGGAGGCUUUCGAUCCCCUGCUAAACGACAAUACUGGCAACGACAGCGCCUCCGACAGCACAUCCUACUAUGCGGAAUACGAUCCCUUUGACUUUCUGUACAGCGGAGAUGCAGGAACCCAAUAUUCAGAUCCAAUGUAUGAGGCAGUCAACAGGUGGGACAAAACUGCGGCCACCGUGAGUCCGAAUGUCGGUCUGAUCGGUUGGCGCCAAGACUUUCUCAGCCAGCCAUCUACAUCCACAUCGCAGUAUGGCGAUGUGCCGCCAGAAGAGAAUCUAAAGCUGUCGGAGAACGGAUCUGGCAGUAUCUCGCCUCCUCCACCGUUGCCACCCAGGAACCAGCAGAGCUAUGAAGCGAAUCAGGCACCCAUGCCAGUCUCCAAGCCUCCUCAGUCUACUGUUCUGACGGACAGCUACACCUCCAGCAUUCCGGCCAGUGUGGUGCUGGACCGCCGGAAAACUUGUACACGCCUGUACGAAUUGAUCAGCGACCAGCGCACUGAUGAUCCCGAACUGCUGGAGUUUUACCAUAUGGUUAAGGAGGUCAGGUCGCGCUAUCCGCACGACGAUGCGCCCACCAAUGUGGGCCACGUUGUGGCCGCCGAGUUUAACUACCACUACAUGAUGGACACCAGCAUUAAGGUGAUUGUGCAUCCGGCCCUAAACACACUCCAAUCGCACGUCCUGGCUGCCUCCAUGGCCAAGGAGCAGGUGAAGGGGUAUGGAAUGCCAGUUACAUUCACUUGUGACAUUGACUCGGUUGUGGCACAGGUGGUGGCACAAGCCUUAGCCUCGCUGGAGGGACAGGUCAAGGGUACCGUUACAGAUUACGCGGUCAAGCCCAUUGGUCUCCUGGAGUGGCUGGCACCCACCUCGAAACUUAGUCAGCUGGAGUGCGUCCACAAUAGCUUCCAAUUGGAGAAGGACGUACAUUUGGGCCUGUGCCUCAGUACGGCGGCAAACAUGCAGGCAAUUGCGCGAACAGAGCGGGAUGAUGAGCACGAUGCGGACUUGCUACCGGAGCAUCUUCUUCCCAACGAGGUGGUGCCAAUUGUGACCUACGACAACAUGAUGAUACUCAUUGAAACGCUAGAGAUGGAGAUUGAUAAGCUGGAAUCGGCGGCAGACGGCGUGCCCGGACGUAGUGUCGUGAGCUGCUCCGGAGUUGUCCAAGCAGUGAAGGCGAUAUGCGCUCUGCUCGGCUCAAUCGACACAAUGGAAAUUGCACGAUGUGUUGCCGAUCUGAAGCGCAUUUGCGAGGUGGAGCAAAAGAAGUACUCGACGGGUGCUAGUAACCCAGAGAUUGUCAGUGACUACGGUGAUUACGCUCAAGUUGUACUUCGUCCGCGCUCCAUGUUGGAGCAGAUCAAGGUCAAGUGCAAUGAGCUGCGAGACGCUGUGCAAGAGCUGGUUGAGUUGUACGCGAAUGUUUUCCGGGUGGCAUUCUCCGUCAAGACACCCGAUUACUCAACAACACCCAUACCCAUUUCCUGCGUAUCCAAGCCAAUUGUGGUUUGCAUAAGCUGUCUACACAGGCCGCCACUGAAUUGGAAGUUCGACGAUUACUCACUGUGCGUUCAAAUCGUUUAUGGUACGCGCCUGCUGUCGAAGCCGAAUGUGCUGACCUGCUCCAACGAUACAAGUGGAGGACUGUUCCCUCGUCUCAACUUCAGUGCCUGGUUGACUUUCGAUCAGCAUCCCAUCUGCACUCUGCCCAGGGAGGCCCGCCUUACGUUCGUCUUGUAUGGCAAACAGGCGGCCAGCGAAGGCGAACCCAAUGCCGAACAGAAUGGAGAGAGGCGCCAGGUGACCACAGAACUGGGCUGGUGCUCUAUCCAGCUGUUUGACUUUAAGCGAGUGAUGAUCUGCGGCCCCUACUUACUGUCCCUAUGGCCCCCAACGACGGAUAAAAUGCUUGGUCCAGCGCCGGCGCGUGGCUGUCAUCCGCAACCCGACUUUUGCCCUGUUCUGAGCAUUGAGGUACCUCCGUAUGGAGGCCGCAUAGAGUUUCCCGAGCACCAGGAGGCGCCAAAACCUGCACCACACUACGAUUUUGCAUCUCUGGAUGCAAAUCUUCAAGAAGAGCUGCUGGACACCGCAGAGCUGGGCUACACAGGAGCCACAGAGCGACGUGAAGUGUUCUGGGAAAAACGACUCUACCUGCAGAACUAUCCAAAUGCCCUGCCAAAGGUUCUUCAUGCCGCCCACAGUUGGGAUUACGCCAAUUUGAUAGAUUUGCAUGCGCUUCUUCACUCCUGGGCACCACUCUCGCCGUUGCAGUCUCUGGAGUUACUGCUGCCCCGAUAUCCGGAUGCAAAGGUGCGCGAGAAAGCCGUGGAGUGGAUCUCUAGGAUGCCCAACGACCAGCUCGUGGACUUUCUGCCCCAAUUAGUGCAAAGUUUGAAACAUGACACAUACGAAGGCUCGGCCAUGGCUCGAUUCUUGCUGUCCAAGUGCCUGGAGUCACCGCGCUUUGCCCAUCACAUGUAUUGGCUGCUUGUGCACAGUCUGCCUGACGAUCCUCACAACUCCAUUGGAGCAGCUAUGGUGGAUCAGGAGUAUGACGAGUCCCAGGUUACCCAGGUUCGUUACUACCGCCGAAACAAAAUGAUGCUGCGAGCUCUAAUGGCGAUUUGCGGCGAGAAGAUGCUCCAGCGAUUUAUGUAUCAGCAUCGAAUGUGUCAGAAACUUACCACUAUUGCGGAGUCGGUCAAAGAAGCUAAGGAGUCGAUGCGCCAGAAAAGCCUAGCCGCAGGCAUGGACGAGGUACAUCAAGACUUGCUGGAGAAGCCCACUUGCCUGCCCCUGGGACCAGAACUGGAGGUAACUGGAGUGAGUGUGCGAAACUGUAGCUACUUUAACUCCAACACGCUGCCGCUGAAGAUCAACUUCGUGGGACCUGAUGCCGAGUCUUUACCGGCAAUCUUUAAGUGCGGAGAUGACUUGCAGCAGGAUCAGUUGACCAUACAGCUAAUUAGGAUUAUGAACAAAAUGUGGUUAGCCGAACGAUUGGACCUAAAAAUGGUCACCUUUAACUGUGUACCUACGGGAUACAAGAGCGGCAUGAUUGAGCUGGUUAACGAGGCGGAAACGUUGAGAAAAAUACAAGUGGAGUGUGGUCUGACGGGCUCCUUUAAGGAUCGCCCCAUUGCCGAGUGGUUAGGCAAGCAGAACCCCAGUCCACUCGAGUACCAGAGUGCGGUGCGAAAUUUUACGCUAUCCUGUGCUGGAUACAGUGUGGCCACGUAUGUGCUAGGCAUCUGUGAUCGGCACAAUGACAACAUCAUGUUAAAGAAAUCGGGUCAUUUGUUUCACAUUGAUUUUGGCAAGUUUCUUGGCGAUGCCCAGAUGUUUGGAAACUUCAAAAGAGAUCGCACCCCGUUCGUCCUAACUUCCGACAUGGCCUAUGUCAUAAACGGCGGAGACAAGCCCUCCACUGAUUUUCACUAUUUUGUGGACCUAUGUUGUCGAGCCUUCAAUAUUGUGCGGAAAAAUGCGGAUCUGCUUCUGCACACCCUGGCCCACAUGGCUACAGCCGGCAUGCCGGGAGUUAACUCAAAUGCUGUGCAGUAUGUGCGUCGCGCCCUAUUGCCAUCACAAUCGAAUCCCGAGGCGGCGGCUACGUUUGCCAAGAUGAUCCAAUCCUCGUUGAAAAGCUGGUUCACACAAUUCAAUUUCUUCCUGCACAAUCUGGCCCAGAUGCGAUUCACCCCAGAUGAGGGAUCAGGAGAGCUGCUAUCGUUCGUGCCACGAAAAUAUACAAUGCAGCAGGAUGGUCGCUUGAAGAUCGUAAAGGUUGUGUGUUUCCAGAAGCACUACAGUAUGGAAAAGUUCUAUAUGUAUAUUCUGGAAGUGACGCGACAUGGACAGCCCGAUCCGACACAUUUGUUCCGGUCAUAUCGUGAAUUCACCGAAUUCCAUCAGAAGUUAUGCAUGCACUUCCCUCUGGUUAAACUGCAUAGUCUACCGGCUGGUGUGCAUGUGGGGCGUUCCAACAUCAAAUCUGUGGCAGAAAAACGACUACCUCUUAUACAGCGAUUUUUGAAAUCGCUGUUCGAUGCGUCCGAGGAAAUAGCCCAUUCCGAGCUCGUUUACACAUUCUUUCACCCGUUGCUGCGCGAUCAGCAGGAGGCCAAGCUGGAGAUGCAGAAGAUAAAAGAGGUGAAGCGACAACCGUCGCGGGAUAAUCCCAACGAGAUUGGCCAAAUACGACUAUCGCUGCAAUAUCAACGCGGCGUACUUACUGUGAUGAUACACCACGCCAAAGGACUGCCCAUGCUACAGGGCGGUCAGGAGCCCAACACUUAUGUGAAGUGCUACCUGAAACCGGAUCCCAAAAAGGAGACCAAACGCAAGACCAAAGUGGUGCGCAAGACCUGUGUGCCCAGUUUCAUGGAAACGUUGGAGUACCGAAUGCCACUGAAUAUUAUUCAAGAGCGCCGCCUUCAGGUUACGGUUUGGUCGCACGACACGCUGCAGGAGAACGAGCUGCUUGGAGGCUUCGAAUUGGAUCUGUCGAAGCACGAUCUGCGACAGGAGCUCGUCGACUGGCAUCGUCUGGGCUCGGUGCCCAGGAACUGACCAGAUCCGAGGGACGAGCUCUGAACCUCUUGGGACACUCUGCCUACCGACAAUCAGGCCUAGGAUAAUGCAAUACUAAUAUAUGUUUGUGCCUGUCUUCUUUCGAUCGCAAUAAUACUUACUUACUCAAAGUGAUUGUACAUUCCAUAUAUACCAAUAUUAUAAAUAACUUAACUAACAGUAGUAGUAUUAUUUCGUAAAUUGUGUGCCUCAGAUGUAAAUAUUUUAUAACGACCACGAAAACAUUCUUUGGACAUCUAAAUGUAAUUUUAACUAUAAAGUAUAACUCUGCACAUGCUUCCUUUAUAUACAUUUGGAAUCAUAAAACACUUAAAAUUAAUCAAUUUUAUUGUGCACCUUGGGAAUUCAGAAAACGAAAUAUAUUGGUAGUUGUCAGUUUGAAAAAUUCUGUUGUCGGCCACCGGUAAAUGUUCUUUUGAUGUAGUUUAACAAAAGUUCAGUAUUAUGGCUAUAAUUCUAUUAGAGAUUAUUAAAAACCCUCCAAGUCAAAGAAUAUAUCAUUACUUACUUUUCUAUGCGUUUCUAAUUACUUACUGAUAAAGUUCUACAGAAUAACGCACAGACAUCUAUGCUUUCUGAUUUAAUCUGUAAAUGUGUUUAAUUACUCAUUAAUAUUUACCAAAUUUCGUUCAGUGUCUGAGUCUACGAUCGACUCUUAACUGAACAACAAAUUUACAAAAGUAUAGAAAAUUACUACCAGAGAGAACAAGAACUAAAAGUGUCUUAACAAAUUAAACGAAUAUUGUAAAAUACAUAAUAAGAGCACAUGCCGCAAACAACAGAUUAUAUUUUUAUAGAACAAAAAAACAUUUAAGAGCUACAUCUGCCUGAGUAUUGAAAAUAGUACUUCGAUACUGAUUCAAAACUAUCAAAGACGUAUCUAAUGUUUUCAUAAAAUUAUAAUUGUUACGUAAAAUUCUGUAAUUUCUGUAAGUGUUGAGAAGUCGUAAACAUUUUUGCUGGCGGUAAUCACUUUUGGCACAAAUAUAUGAGCAUUACAAAUUCAUAAA